AAACUCCAAAUUUCUAAUUUCUUAAAACAUGAUUUUUUAGAGGCCAAGAAGAACGAGUUUAUGGUCUUUCAAGUCAAGUCUAUUGGAUUUUGGAAGGACUCAUAAGAUUUUUAGUAGGGAAGUUUUUUCUUCAAAAAGACUUCAAAUCAUCAAGUCAAUGGAGCUUCAUGUGUUUGUUUUUUUUUAUAUAUAUGUAAGUGACCUGCAACACUAAUUUACCAUAUCACUACUUCAUAUUACUUUUUCAGUUCCACAAAUAUGAAAGCUUUCUUGUCUAAUCAGAAAAUGAGCUUACUUCUUCGUUCCUUCUGUUUCCUUUUUCUCGUUUCAAGUUUUCUAAACACGUUUGUUUCUUCUACACAACACUUGUGUCAUUCUGACCAACAGGAUGCUCUUCUUGAGUUCAAGAGUGAGUUUUCGAUCCAAAAACCUGAUUGGGUUGAUCCUGAUGGAUCCUCUUAUCCAAAGACAGAAUCAUGGGUGAACAGAAGUGACUGUUGUUCUUGGGAUGGUAUCACAUGUGAUGCUACGUCAGGCAAAGUGAUUGGGCUAGACCUUAGUUCUAGCCACCUGAAAGGCCAGCUUAAAUCCAACAGUAGUCUUUUUAGACUGCGUGAUCUCCGUGAUCUGAAUCUUGCUCGCAACAAUUUCAACGAUUCGCAAUUCCCAGCGGAGUUUGAUAAACUCAUGGAGCUAAAAAGACUUAAUCUCUCUGGGUCUUCACUAUCAGGCCAAAUUCCAAUCAACCUUCUUCAGCUAACCAAGUUGGUGUCUCUCGAUCUUUCUUCUUAUGAUUCUUUAUCUAUUGAUGAAUCUUUUCUUCAUCUACUUGCUCAAAAUUUGAGGAAUCUUAGAGAACUGGAUAUGAGCUAUGUAAACAUUUCUUCAGAAAUCCCCCAUGAGUUUUCAAACCUGCGAUCUCUAAGGUUACUAGAUCUUACCAACUGCAACCUGUCUGGAGAAUUUCCAAGUAGUGUUCUUCUGAUACCGAGCUUAGAGUCCAUUAGAUUAAGCUACAAUUCAAAUAUGAGAGGCAAUCUGCCCGUGUUUCGUGAAAAUAACUCUUUAGUAGAGCUGACCGUUAUGUUCACAGCCUUUUCAGGGAAGAUUCCGUUUUCACUUGGGAACCUUUCUCAUCUCUCUAUUCUCGAUCUUUCUAGGAAUAAUUUUGUUGGUGAAAUCCCAUCUUCAAUUGGCAAUCUAAAACAAUUGACUGUUUUUGAUGUUAGCGAUAACAAGCUCAAUGGAAAUUUGCCAGUUUCGAUACUCAAUUUGACCCAACUACGUAGACUUUGGCUCUCUUCAAAUCAGUUCACAGGUUUCCUUCCACCAAACAUCAGCCAAUUCUCCAAAUUAGAGUCUAUUGAUGCUGGAGAUAAUUCUUUUACAGGAGCCAUUCUUUCAUCCCUACUCAAGAUUCCCUCAUUGACCAAGAUCUAUUUGAGUUACAACGACUUCAACGACUUUAUUGGGAUUGGGAAUAUCUCUCUCUUCUUGCCUAAUUUACAAGUAUUUUUUAUUCACAAUAAAAAUUACAACAAAGUCAUCGGUCCAGGAGUUGACUUUAAUGUCUUCUCGCCUCUGAAGCAGCUUUACUGGUUAUCUCUCUCAGGCAUUCCUCUUUCAACAACAAACAUCACUUCUGAUUUGGAUUUUUUACCAAAAUUAGCACGUUUAUUUUUGCGAGGCUGCAACAUCACUGAGUUCCCUGAGUUCAUAAGAAACAGAAGAAAAUUACAAUGGCUAGACCUUUCCAACAACAAAAUCAAAGGUCAAGUACCAGACUGGUUGUGGAGAUUGCCAAAGUUGUCCGAGGUGAAUCUCUCUAACAACUCUCUCAGCGGUUUUAAUGGAUCGUCAAAAGUUUCUCCUGAGAGUCAAAUCAGUAAUGUUGAUCUAAGCUCAAAUGCUUUCCAAGGACCACUCUUCAUCCCAUCCUCCAAAGAUCUCAAUUAUUUUUGGGGUUCUAAGAAUAACUUCACCGGGGAGAUACCUCGAUCAGUAUGUGGACUAAGCUCUCUAGCAGUUCUAGAUCUAUCAAACAACAACCUCAACGGCUCAAUUCCUCGGUGCUUAGAGACUCUGGUGAUGAGUUCUCUUUCAGAUCUAAAUCUCCGUAACAACAAACUCAGCGGCAUUCUUCCCGAAAUAUUUCAGAACGCCAAGAGCUUAACAACACUUGACUUCAGUCACAACCGAUUAGAGGGCAAAAUGCCAGCUUCUCUUGUUGAUUGUUCUGCCUUGGAAGUUUUGAACGUGGGAAGCAACACAUUCAAUGACAUUUUUCCCUUCCACUUGAAUUCUUUGCAGAAACUUCAAGUUCUCGUCAUUCGCUCUAACAAGUUUCAUGGCACAUUACAUAAUUCUGAUGGGGUUUGGUUUGGAUUUCCUCAGUUGAAAAUCAUUGAUGUUUCACAUAAUGAUUUCUUCGGUACAUUGCCAUCUCAUUACUUUUUGAACUGGACUGCCAUGUCUUCCAAGAGUGAUGAUAAUAUAGAACCAGAGUACAUUACGGGUCCAUCAGGAAACUACUUUUCACUUGUGUUGAUGAGUAAAGGAGUGUCAAUGGAGAUGGAACGUAUCCUUACAAUCUUCACAGCCAUCGAUUUUUCAGGAAAUCAACUCAAUGGACCAAUUCCUGAUUCCAUUGGUUUGCUGAAGGAGCUUCGUAUUCUCAACAUGUCAAGCAAUGCUUUUACGGGCCACAUCCCAUCUACUUUGGCAAAUUUGACGAAUCUUGAGUCACUAGACCUAUCCCAAAACAAGAUUUCUGGUGAGAUUCCUUCUGAGCUUGGAACCCUCUCUUCUCUUGAAGUGAUAAAUGUUUCACAUAACCAGCUUGUAGGUUCCAUACCACAAGGCACACAAUUUCAACGACAAAAUUGCUCCUCAUAUGAAGGAAACCCCGGACUUAAUGGUCCUUCCCUUAAGGAUGUUUGCAGAGAUAUCAAAACGCCAACACCACCACAAUCCGAACUGAUGGAGUCAAAAGAAGAAGAAGAAGAAGAAUCAUUCAGUUGGAUGGCAGCAGAUUUAGGCUUUGCACCUGGAGUUGUAUUUGGGCUGGUGAUGGGAUACAUAGCAGUUUCAUACAAGCAUGAGUGGUUCAUGAAGAGAUUUGGCCGAAACAAGCAACAAAGCAUCAGAACUCGUUAAGUCACUCAUCAAUCAUUCUCUCUUCCUUAUCCCAUUGUUGUUAUUGUCAUUAAAAUUUUGUUGUAUUUCUAAGUUUUAAGCGUGUGCUGAAUCAAAUUUUGUAUAAUAUGUUUUGAACUAUUAUUAAACUAAA